AUGUCCCAUAUCAUCCGUCGGUUUAUUACCUACGUUGGGAAGGUCAAGUUGAGCGACUUCACGGUCGCAGAGCACAUGACCCUUGUUGACAAGUAUUGCAAUGAUCAGGAAAUACGGGAUCCUCGUAUCAAACAAGCCUCGAUCCAGGGAACGGAGUUACACCCAUCGCACAAGGAUCCGACCGACCCAAAAGAAGGUCAUCUCUAUCCGGUUUAUGGACGCUGA